GUAUCCUCAGUGUUUUUCUCUCUUGUACAUUUCAUUGAGUGUAAACAGAGUCUUGUCGCUCUGUGUAUUUAAGUGUUGAGACGAUGCAGGACACUACAGUGUGUGACAGUAAACAGAGCUUACAGGAGGAUCAAACCUCCACAGAGUCUCUGGAUUCUGUCUGUAACGCUGGAGAACAGCAGCAGAUCCUGCAGACCAAACUGAAGAUGUGUUCAGUUAAACUCAUCGACUGCACGAACCUCAUGAUGAAGAUUAAAACUGAACCCACAGUAAUCAAAACUGAACCCACAGAAUUCAAAACUGAACCCACAGAAUUCAAAACUGAACCCACAGAAAUCAAAACUGAACCCACAGAAGAGGAAGAUCGCACUGAUGAAGAUGAUGAUUUUAUUCCAUCAGAUGUGAAGAGUGAUUCAUGUUUGGAUAUAGAAAUAACGUCCUCAACAUCAAAAGAGCGACUGACAGCACAAACUCUUUCCUGCAUCACCUGUGGAAAGACAUUCAGCUCACAGAGACUUUUAGAGAGACAUGAGACAAAACACACAGAACAGAAACUCUUCACCAGAUCUGAGAUCAGCUUUACUACCUUACAAGAGAAGAAACUUCAUUCAGAAGACCACAAAGAGGAGAAGAAGAAGAAGAAGAAGAAGAAGAAGAAGCAGUUUCACUGUGAGCAGUGUGGGACGAUUUGUGUCUCUUCUUCUGAUCUAAAUGUUCACAUGAGGAUACACAGUGAUGAAAAGCCUUUCUACUGCACUGAAUGUGGAAAAUACUUCAGAACCAAAGAUAGUCUUAAAGUUCAUCAGAGACUUCAUACAGGAGAAAAACCUUAUCAUUGUAGUGUCUGUGGGAAGAGUUUUAGUCAACAGUCAAACUUUCUUAUUCACAACAGAAUUCAUACAGGUGAAAAACCUUUCAAAUGCUCUCAGUGUGUCAAGACGUUUACUUGUUCAAGUAACUUAAAAGACCAUCAGAGAGUUCACACUGGAGAGAAACCUUAUCAUUGUAGUGUCUGUGGGAAGAGUUUUAGUUACUGGAAUAGCUUUCUUGAUCACAAGAGAGUUCAUACUGGAGAGAAACCUCAUCACUGUGGUGCAUGUGGGAAGAGUUUUAGUCAUCACACUUCAUUAGUAAAUCACACAAGGCUUCAUACAGGUGAAAAACCUUUCAAAUGCUCUCAGUGUGACAAGACCUUUGCUCAGUCAGCUUCCUUAAAAUCCCAUCAGAGAGUUCAUACUGGAGAGAAACCUUACGUCUGCUCUCAUUGUGGAAAAAGCUUCUCUUAUUCUUCUUAUUUAAGAGUUCAUCAGAGAGUUCAUACUGGAGAAAAACCUUAUCACUGUAGUGUCUGUGGGAAGAGUUUUAGUGCAAAGUCUACCUUACUAAAGCACAAUAGAGUUCAUACAGGUGAAAAACCUUACAAAUGCUCUCAGUGUGACAAGAUGUUUGCUCAGUCAGGUCAUUUGAAAGCCCAUCAGAGAGUUCAUACUAGAGAGAAACUUUAACACUAAUCAUGAAAUCAGAAAAAUAUUAUUUUCAUAUAUAUAGAAUUUGCAGGCUAUGACAUACCGAGGACUAAAAGAUGAAAUUGACUUUAGUCCCUUUUUGUAAUUGUUCUUUUGUUGUUUGUUGUUUUUUAAUAAUAAUAGAGUUCUAUUUAUUGGUGUCCUAACUCUACUGAAAUUGCCAUCUAGUGGUCUUUUCUUGUAUUGUUUACAUAUGGGAAUUCAUUACCUUUGUGAUGUCAUUCAGGUGUUUGUGAUUAGCUAACCUUUUAAGUGAAGAUUGUUUGUUUGAUCAGUAUACCCUGAAGAAGGCUAUCUGUGGCUAUGUUUACACGUGGGCAGCUAUUUUCAUAAACAGACAUUUCAACCUUUCCGGUUUCAAAAAUAAUAUCGUGCACACAUGUCAGUUUUCAGAAAAGUGUUUAUUUACACGUACCCGUGCAUAUAUGCCGUCAAGAGAAGCUCAAGCCCACGUAAGCCAAUCACUGGCAGCGCUGGUAGUGACGCGAACUGGUUCUUCAUGUUGGAGGGAGGAGUUGUUGCAGUAGGUGAUCGAUGACGUCAAAGUACCGCAAGAGCGAGUUGAGGAAUCACACGUAGAGGUCUAAUUUCGAAUUGCUGUUGCGGUACUUUGACAUCAUCUGUCUGUCGGUUCUUGCAGCGCCGCAUGAAGUCAAACACGCGUAAAAUUGCUGACCUCCGAGCACUCGUCUCUGCUCCUCGACAUAAUGGAGCAGCUGUAUUUGCAAAUACAAACACACGAAACGAGUUUGCACAAACAUAAAUGUGAUCUUGGAAGGGUUCAGGGUAACAGUCACAUGUAAACAUAGGUCGCACUUUUGACCUAGGUGCGAGCUCUGGUGCAUACUCUGUGACGUUGCCUGCUUAAACAUCCGUUUGUCUCAGUUUACAUGCAACAGUGCAACCGAAGAUUUUCAAGAUCUCCUCUCUGGUCGGAGUUUUUAAAAACAAUCGGUUUCAGAGGCGAGGUCGCCGUUUGCGUGUAAACGAGGGGCACAAACGAAGGUAAAUCUCUCAGUUUUUAAAAAUAACCAUGUACGUGUAAACAGGGCCUGUGCUGCUACACCUGUGUGCACCUAAAUAAGGUUAUGACACCAAAAACUUGUAUAAAGUUUUAAAUAUUGUUAAAAAACAAGUUAAUAGUAAAAUAGUCAAAUUAUGAGCAAUAUCGCAGAUAAGUAGAACAGAAUAAACAUACAAAUGAAAUAAAAUUGCUGCUUGUGUUUUUAGAUUAAUCUAACAAUACUGUAUUAUGGAGGACAAAAAAUGACUUAAAUGUCCCAUAUUUGAAAGCUUUCUAGAGUAUGAUUUUAGGUUAUAAUGUCCUAAAGGGAUAGUUCACACAAAAAUUAAAUUUCUGUUUAUUUUUUACUCACUUUCAUGUUGUUUCAAACCUGUAUAAAUUUCUUUGUUCUGAUGAGGGAAGAUAUUUUGAGGGAAGUUUGAAAUCAAUACAUUUGUGAGCCCCAUUCGCUUCCAUAGUAUUAUUUUUUCUUACUAUGAAAGUGUUGUUUUAUAAGUGAAAUACACAUUUGAAAUAAUGUUCUUACACAUUUAUCAUUUUUGUAUAGUCACUUUUAUAAACUAUUUUGUUAUGUGUCAAACUUGCUUAUUUUAUAUUGUGUGCUAUGUGAUGUUACAAAUUGGUUUUAAAGUCUUAAUGUCUUGGGACCACAAUGUCAUGAAUUGUUCAUUAACUUUGCUUGUUAUAGGAACACACUGAGAAAGGAACUGUUCAGAUAAUAAAUGCUUUGUUCAUUUUUACAAUGA